UCAGCUGGGAAGCUAAAAGUUGAAGUGACGAUCUCUUUUCCUCAAAGCAAGUAAGUCAACUGAUAGGUAAACUUUCCACAGCACAGAUGGAGAUUUCUCUGAGGUCGUACCAGGAAGAGGUGGUUCAGACCGCCCUGAGGGGAGAGAAUAGUAUCAUUUGGCUCCCCACGGGUGGAGGGAAGACUAGAGCUGCAGUCUACGUGGCCCAGAAGCACCUGGAGAACCAGCCCAGAGCCAAGGUGGCCGUCCUGGUCAACAAGGUUCACCUGGUGGAUCAACACUAUCAGAAGGAGUUCUGUCCCCACCUGGGUGGGACUGCGAAGAUUGUGGCCAUCAGCGGAGACAGUAAAGAGAAGGACUUCUUUGGUCUUGUGGUCAGGGACUCGGACCUGGUCAUCUGCACUGCUCAGAUUCUGGAGAAUGCUUUAAUCAACACAGAGGAGGACAAGCAUGUAGAGCUCACAGACUUCACGCUGCUGAUCAUAGAUGAGUGUCACCACACACACAAGAGCAGCAUGUAUAAUAAGAUCAUGGCACGCUAUGUGGAGAUGAAGCUGAAGGGGGCAGGGCCUCUACCUCAGAUCCUCGGCCUGACUGCCUCACCUGGCACAGGUGGGGCCAAGACGUUAGAGGGUGCCAUCACUCAUGUGCUGAAGAUCUGUGCCAAUCUGGACUCUGUAAUCGUGUUCACAAAACAUUAUGAGCCCGUGCUCACGGAGGCUGUUCCCAGACCUGUGAAAAAGUAUGACAUUGUAGAAGAACAGAAUUUGGACCCAUUUGGGCUCCAUCUGAAGAUGAUGAUGGGCAUGAUUCAUGCGUUCAUGUCAUCAGAGCUGAAGGUCGUUCCCCGGGAGAUGGGCACCCAGGAGUACGAGGCCGAUGUGGUGGAACUGGAAAAAAAAGGUGCUCAGGAAGAGAACAGACUUUUGGCUCAGUGUGCCCAGCACCUGCGGAAGUAUAACGAUGCCCUGCUGAUUAAGGACGCCGUGCGCAUGGUGGACGCGCUGCGUCUCCUAGAGGACUUUUACAGCUCCCGCAGGGACAACACACUGGACACCACUGACCUCUUCCUCUUGGCACUCUUUGAAGAGAACAGGGUGAAGCUGAGACAGCUGUCUGCUGACGCACGCUACGAGAACCCCAAACUGGCCCAGCUGCAGCGCACCCUGGUGGCGCAGUUCCAGGACCCAGAGUCACGGGGCAUCCUGUUUGCCAAGACCCGCGAGGGCACACGCUGCCUGUAUGCCUGGGUGUGUGCCAACCCAGAACUGCAGCGCGCCAACAUCCGGGCCGCCAUCCUCACUGGAGCGGGCACCGGUGCCAACCACAUGACCCAGAACAGCCAAAAAGACACAAUUCAAAAGUUCCGAAAAGGAGGUCUGAACCUCCUCAUCUCCACUAGUGUAGCUGAGGAGGGCCUCGACAUCCCAGAAUGCAACAUCGUGGUGCGUUAUGGACUGCUGACCAAUGAGAUUGCUCAGCAGCAGGCCAGUGGGCGGGCCCGGGCAAAGGACAGCAUCUACUCUGUGGUGGCGCUCAGAGGUGGGCGGGAGAUGUGCAGGGAGAAGACCAACGAGUAUCUGGAGGACCUGACAGGCAGGGCCAUCAACCAAAUUCACAAGAUGGAGCCCAGCAAGUUUCACAAGAAGGUGUUGGAGCUGCAGAGAGAAGCUGUGAUGCAGCGCAACUUGGCCAGUGUACAGAGAGACCAGAGGAGACGCCGCUACGACCCCGCCCAGGUGGAGUUCUCCUGCCGAGGGUGUUUCAUCACAGUCGCCCGUGGAGACCACAUGAGAGUUGUCAACAGUUCACAGUAUGUGAACAUCAACCCUGACUUCAAGAAACAUUAUAAUAAAGGAAACCAGAUUUAUCUGGACCGAAGUUUUGAAGAUUGGGAGCCUGGUCACACCAUCAGCUGUGCUGCUUGUGGACAAGAAUGGGGAAUGGAGGUCAAAAUCAGGAGCGUGCUGGUGUUGCCCUGUGUGAAGAUAAAGGGCUUUUUAUUGAAGACUCCUAACAGCAAACGCACGCUGGAGCAGUGGAAGGAUGUGGAGUUCCCUGUGGAGGAGUUUGACUUUCUACAGUUCGUGUCUGAUAUGAACUGAGUGCGCCCGUUUCAUUCUCAUUAUGGCGCUAAACUAGAACACUUUGUCAUACCAAGUACCUGUCUUUGCUGUUUUACUCCGUGUUGACCACCAGGUGUCGAUCUUGUGUAAUAUUUCGUUUAAACGCUUCAGUUUCUCUGGAGGCUGGUCGCUGCGUCCCAAGGCUUCAUGUGUCAGAAGUGUUGACGUUAGGAGAACCGUGUAGGGUGUGAACUUGUGACACUGUUUGCAGGGCAAAUGUGGAUCCUUUCACUCCCGGAACGUACUGAUGAUGACUUCAAAUGUCUGUUUACAGUCUGUUUUAAUAUUUCUAUGUUGUACCAGGUGAACUAAUGUACUUUGAAAUUAAAUGCAAUUAAAUGUAAUGAAAUUAAAGCAAAGCUAACAUUAAAUGAUCAAUUUUAAAGAUUUAGACAGUUGAUUUAUGCUACACAGCAUGCACUAAUAAAGGAAGUCUGUAAAAACAAUCAUAAAAUCUUUUACAAGUGUAAUUUCCAGUUUGAAGUGUCCAUGUGUAAUGUGUUAAACUCCAUUAUGAACUCUGUUUUGACUUCCUGUCAACAGUAUAUCACAACGCACUGGGCCAGACAGUGUAUUUGAUCAUCAUUUGUGUCUGUGUCCAGUGAACUUUCUCUAUUCUGUGUUUAUUAACCUUUUAUUACUCCUGGGACAUUCUCUGUAGCUUUUAUUGUAUGAGGGAUCAUUGUUCCAUAAAUAAAUAAAUAGGGUCAGCUAAAUGCCA